CCCCCGUCUGUCCUGCCUGCAGGCGCCGAGCCAUCCCCGGCCCUACUGGUGCCCAGCGCUAAGCGCCGCAGCCGGAAAACCAGCAAAGACACCGGGGAUGGCAAAGACGGGGGUGCGCCGGGGUCAGAGGAGCCAGGUACCAAGGCGCGAGGGCGCGGACGGAAACCCAGCACCAAAGCCAAGGGUGACAGAGCUGCUGCCCUGGAGGAGGGGGGCCCAGCAGAGGAGGUUCCCAGUGCCCCGCUGGCCCUGGAGCCCGUCAGCACCCCAAGUUCCAAGAAGAGCCCCCCAGAGCCUGUGGACAAGCGGACCAAAGCCCCCAAGGCUCGCCCAGCAGUCCCCCAGCCCAGCCCCGUGCCGUCCACUUUCACUAUGCCCAGCUCUCCCGAGCCCUUUGGGGAGCUGCCAGCCCCCGCCCCGAGCCGACCCAAGAAGAGGGAGGGCGUCCACCUCCCGACCACCAAGGAGCUGGCCAAGCGGCAGCGCCUGCCGUCGGUGGAGAACCGGCCCAAGAUUGCCGCCUUCCUGCCGGCCCGGCAGCUCUGGAAGUGGUUCGGCAAGCCCACCCAGCGCGCCCUGUACCAGUCCUCCCACGUGGACGAGAACGACGUGCAGACCGUGUCGCACAAGUGCCUGGUGGUGGGCCUGGAGCAGUACGAGCAGAUGCUCAAGACCAAGAAGCACCAGGACAGCGAGGGCCUGUACUACCUGGCGGGCACCUACGAGCCCACCACCGGCAUGAUCUUCUCCACGGACGGCGUGCCCACGGCGGAGGAGCAGGUCCCGGGGCAGGCGGACCCCCAGGUCCGUGGCAUCAGCAAACCCGGGGUCCAGGAAAGCCAGGGCUAA